AUGGCCAACUUUAACCCGGCCGGAUAUUUACAGCAACAAAAUAUGACCAUGCAGAAUAUCUUUAAUCUCCCUAACACACGAAGAGUAAUUACAACACCUGCGCAGCUCCCGACACAGGCAGGUGUUCACCAGUCCAUUAGUCCAACUAGUUAUAUGCCUGCUAGCGUAAUGGCAAUGGCAAACCAUCCUAGAAUCCCGAUUCAUCAGAUGCGUAUGAUACAAAAACAAAUACCUGGUGGAUUUAUUAUGCGACUCUUACUAUUCGGUGAAUAUCUAGGGAACGACAAAACUAUAUUGGGUCAUUAUCAUACAAAGAAAGAUAUUCAUUAUUGGAAAGUUUUUGCACAAUUUUUCUUCGCCGAAGAUGUAUAUAUGAAAUAUACAUUAUGCAAUGAACGAACGGAUAAUAUAGGAAAAACUUAUGAAUUAAAAUAUCCGGUAAUACCAAGAUAUUACCAAACAUUCUUUGAAUCAGGCGUCACAAGUAUACAGUUAAUAUUAGGAAGUCCCAAAGAGCAAGACAUGGGUAAUGGAUGUCAAUUAGAUUGUCCGAAAGCCUCCAUGGUGUAUUAUUAUGAAAAUGGGUCGCAGGUCGUUCAUUCCGGGCAUCUGAUAGUCAUGUUCAACCAAACAUCAAAGAUAAACAGCUUUGAAUUUCGCACAAGAAAUUUCACAGAGUAUAUACCACGGUCUCAUGUUACGAAAAAUAUGCCAAAUGAUAUCGAAUCAUCUGUCGUAAGCGAAUUUGGAAUUCCACAAAGAACGCUGCGGUGUCUAGACCUUGCAGAAGGUUCUGAUUUAAUACAAGGAGUUAUGAUGGAGUCCAUGCAAAAGCGUGUAGGACCUAUACAAGCAUUCAGAGGCUUGACCUGCAAUAUCACAAUUGGAUCACCACAUCAAAAAAUGAAUGCUCAAUCUCCAAUUUUAGCUGAAAAACGAGGGAUACCAGACGGUGGAGGUGGAAGUUCCCAGAAAAAACAGCGGCGUAAUACAGCAAGAAGAUGA